AUGUCAACCGGUGACAAGCAUCAAGAUGCAAAGAAGCAUGAGAAAUCUGUUUGCUAUGAAAAUAGCCUACUAAUUUGGGUCGCUUCUGCAUCAGAAAGCGUCAAUCAAUAUCAAACCAAUAUCCGAGAAUUAAUUAACGCACACUUUUAUUCUGAUAUUCUUCAAUGUUUGGACUACAUCAAGUCGGUAGUGGACGAAAAAAUGCUUAUCAUUAUUGCGCCUGAAUGUGCAGAAAAGAUCAUUUGUGCUGUUCAUUUAAGGCCGACUGUCAGUGCAUUCAUUAUAUUUGACCCAAAUAGGCAAGGAAAUUUUGAGUCCUCGAGAAUAUUGGCCUAUUCAAAGCUUAUUGGAAUUUUUACAGAUAUCGAAUCGCUUCAUUCAUCGAUUCGCUUUGUUAUGCAGCAUAUAGAAAAACAAGCAUUAGCAUUCAGUCUCUUCAGCCAAGACAAACAAAGAUCUGCACGAGACUUAUCCAAAGAAUCCGCUUAUUUUCUCUGGUACCAGUUGCUGAUUCAUGUACUCAAGCAAAUGUCGCCUGACGAGCAGGCCAAAAAUGAAAUGCUAGAAAAAUGCACUGAUUACUAUCAAAACGAUAAAGUCGAAUUAAAAAAUAUCGAAUUAUUCCGAACUACAUAUACAUGCAAUCAAGCGAUAGCAUUCUUUACCAAUGAAACAUUUCUAUAUAAGCUUGUUAACAAAGCGUUGCGUACAGAGAACAUUGAACUACUCUAUGCAUUUCGUUUUUACAUAAUCGAUCUGUGCAGCGAACUCAAACGAGAAAGUGAAAAAAUGAUUGGUCAAGGCGUUCAAACUUUAUACCGUGGUCAACAGAUUGGAAUACGAGAGCUUGAAAAUUUAAAACGUAAUAUUGGUACGCUUAUAUCACCUAACGGUUUUAUGUCGACAUCACGUACGAAACAGAAAGCUCUCCGAUUUGCUCGAAGUGGAGCAGAACACGAUGGAACAUGCUCGGUAUUGUACGAAAUUCAGGUCGAUCCUGCACGUUUAAAAUCAGUCACGUUUGCUGAUAUCUCUGGUAUGAGUAGAAUACAAGAAGAAGAUGAAGUACUUUUCAAUCUCGGAGCCAUAUUUCACAUUGACAAUGUAGGCAUAUAUGACGAAUCACUUAGUAUUAUGAAAAUUAGCAUGACAGCUACCGAUGAUGGUAAAUAUAAGGUAGAUGAUUAUUUAAAAAUGCAAGAAUCAUUAAUGGAAGAGUAUACUCCAUCAAUUUUCUUCGGUCGAUUACUCUGGAAUGAACUCGGUCGCUUAGAUCAAGCUACUGCUUACUUUCAUUUACUUUUAAAAUCAGAUUAUAACGAUACUGCAAGCGUGCUGAAUAAUUUAGGAAUUGUCCAGGCUCUUAAAGGUGAUUUUGCUGUUGCACUCGACAACUGUGUACGUGCACUCGAAAUGCGUUCUAAAAAUUUGCUAAAGAAUCAUCCGCACAUUGCUACAUCGUUGCACAAUAUUGGUGCAAUCUAUAGUGCUCGUAGCGACUAUGUAAAUGCUAUUGAUUUUUACGAGCAAGCACUAGCGAUCCGUAACGAAAUCUAUCCUACGGACAAUGUUAAUAAGGCAACGACAAUGGCAAAUCUUGGCGCCACUUUCAAGUUACAAGGAGACUUUUCGCGAGCACGCACUUUGGUGCAAAGUGCACUCGAAAUGCGCCGGCGACUACUUCCUGAGCCACACCCACAAAUUGCGUCAUGUUUGUGGCAUCUUGGCAAUAUUGCAGAAGCACAAAGUGAUUAUUUAACGGCACUUUCUUUUGAUCAAUGUGCUUUUGACAUGGAUGAACUCGUAUUACCUGCUGAUCAUAAUGAACUAAGCAAGGAUUUGAAUAUUCUUAUGCGUGUUUAUAAAGCUUCAGGUGAUAUCAAAGGAGCUAUUAAUCUAUGUGAGAUUCAACUAGCCAAACAGAGAAGUAUUUUUGGUACUAAUCACCCACGUAUUGCACGCACCUUGAUGACAAUGGGACAUCUUUUCGAAGCCGAUUUCGAGCAACGCAUCUCCUAUUAUAAGCAAGCACUAGAAGUUGAUCCAAAUUCUAUAGACUGUUUAAAAUGGCUCGGUGCCAGUGCUUAUGGCUAUGAAAAACUCGACGAAAGCCUUUUGUACUGGAAUCGCGCUCUUGAUAUUGCGCUUCGCGAUUAUUCUUCUACACAUACAGACAUCGCCCAGUUAUAUUCAUUUAUUGGCAAUGCAUAUUAUGAUGCUCAGAACUACGAAGAAGCCUUGAAGGUGUAUAAUGAGAGUUUCAAGAUCUGGAAAGUGAACGAUGACGAAGAUCAGUGUAAAGACGUACAGAAAUGCAUCUUCAAAACUGAAGUACGUUUGAAAUUAAACCGUCACAAAAAAGAGUCCUCCUUUGAAGCGCAUGAUACAAAUGCUGUUUCAAACAACAAAACAUUAUCCUGCACCAUACAAUAA